UGGACCAGCGCAUGCGACUGUCCUUCAUGCUUCCUUUCCGCUUUUCACGUAGACUGCUGCUCCUCCUGCAGCUUGGUCCCGGCCUUUCUACUGCUAGCCAUGGCUCCCCGAGGCUGUGCAUACCACCGAGUCUCCAGGUACGGCUGCAGCAGGGCCCGGCAGCGAGGGCAACAGGAGCGGCGCUGGGCGAGUGGACGAUGGUGGACCCCAGCAAGCUGGAGGAGAACUUCGUGUUCCCAGAGUAUGUCCCCGAGCCGGACCGCGAAGUGGAGCCGUCAGUGUCGGCGGAGCUGCAGAAGAGACAGGAGGAAGAAGAGCGGCGGCAGCAGCUGCGGGAAGAGCGGCGGCAGAGACGGCUGGAGCAGCAGCAGAGGAAGGUCCUGGAGAAGAGACUGCAUCCUAUGGUUGGAAGCCCCGACCCCACAGUGCCGGUCAGCGGAGUGAACUGCUCAGGUUGCGGGGCGGAGCUGCACUGCCAGGACCCCUUGGUGCCAGGCUACCUGCCCAGCGAGAAGUAUCGCAGCCUGGAGGCGCAGGCCGAGGAGGGCGGGCUUUCCCGGGCCGUGUGUCAGCGUUGCUGGCUUCUGGUGCACCACCAGCGGGCCCUGCGGGUGCGAGUGAACCGUGAGCAAUACCGAGAGCUGGUGCGCGCCGCUCUUCGACGCCCAGGGCCAGCCCUAGUGCUCUACCUGGUGGAUGUUUUCGACCUGCCCGAUUCCCUGCUGCCAGACCUGCCUGAUCUGCUCGGGCCCAAGCAGCUGAUGCUGCUGGGCAACAAGGUGGACCUACUGCCCGGGGACUCUCCUGGCUACCUUCGGAGGCUCCGGGAGCGCCUGUGGGACGAAUGCGUCCGCGCCGGCCUCCAGCCGGUGCCCAAAAAGACAAAAGGGAGGCCUGCUGAAGCUGAGACGACCCAACCUCAAUGUCUAGUCCAGGAUGUGCGGCUCAUCAGCGCCAAGACCGGCUUUGGAGUGGAGGAGUUGAUCUCGGCAGUGCAGCGCUCCUGGCGCUACCGGGGCGACGUCUACCUAGUGGGCUCCACCAACGCCGGCAAGUCCACGCUCUUCAACACCCUCCUGCAGUCCGACUAUUGCAUAGCCAAGGGCUCGGAUGCCAUCGACCGUGCCACCAUUUCCCCCUGGCCAGGAACAACUUUAAACCUCCUGAAAUUUCCUAUUAGCAGUCCAACUCCUUACAGACUGUUUCAAAGGAAUAGAAGGCUUAAACAAGAAGCAACUAAAAGUGAAGAUGAUCUUAGUGAGCAAGAGCAAAAGCAUCUUAAUCAAAUGAAAAAGCAGGGUUAUUUAGUAGGAAGAGUUGGAAGAACAUUUUAUACUCCACAAAACGAUGAACCUACCUAUGAAUUUGAUGCUGAUUCACUUGCUUUUGAUAUGGAGAAUGAACCCCUGAGAAUAACCCGUGAUGCCCCCACCAAGCGUGUAGAAUUGACACCUCAAGAAUUGAAAGAUGCUCACUGGUUUUAUGAUACCCCUGGAAUUGUAAAAGAAAAUUGUGUCCUAAAUUAUCUGACAGAAAAGGAAGUAAAGAUUGUUUUGCCAACACAUUCCAUUAUCCCAAGAACCUUUGUUUUGAAACCUGGAACCGUUCUGUUUUUGGGUGCUCUAGGACGCUUAGAUUACUUGCAGGGAAACACCUCAGCUUGGUUUUCAGUUGUGGCAUCAAACUUACUCCCAGUCCACAUUACUACCUUAGAGAAAGCAGAUACCAUCUAUCAGAAGCAUGCAGGUCAAACAUUACUUCAGGUUCCAAUGGGUGGAGUUGAAAGGAUGGCAGAAUUCCCACCUCUUGUUUCUCAAGACAUUACAUUGGAAGGAAAUGGGAAGCUUGAGGCAGUGGCUGAUAUCAAGCUUUCCUCUGCUGGUUGGAUUGCAGUAACAUCUCUGUCCGAAGACAAACUACAUUUCCGAGGCUACACACCUCAAGGAACAACUCUGACCAUUCGACAGCCUCCUCUUUUGCCAUAUAUUGUUAAUGUCAAAGGAGAACGAAUCAAGAAGAGUGUGGCCUAUAAAACUAAAAGGCCCCUCUCCUUAGUGGAUAAACUGAAAUCAAGUAACAAAAACAAAAAAUAAAUUAAGAAAAAAAUUAAUAAAUGUGGGACAUUAUUACAAAUAAAUUAUAUUCACUACGAAUGUGAUUAUUGCUAUAAAUUCCUAAAACUUUUUUUUCCAAGAAAAGGAAAAGCCUUUAUUUCUACCAAUAAAACAAAAUUCCUUUUCUUUAGAAUGGAACACUGUCAGGAACUAGGCUUUUUGGAAUUGAUUUUUUAAAUAAAGUAGCAGGCACCUUGAUUUUACCAUGUUAAAACUAAAGUGGAACCAUUAUAUCUGAUAAAAUAGUAUGCAAGAACUUAAACCUUAAGCUUAGGUACAAGGAGUAGGCUAGUGAAAACUUGCCUUUGGAAGGAACCAAAGACAAAAUGCCCUCCAGGAAAAAUGCUUUACCUAAAUG